CCAAUAAUUGUUACACAUCAGUAUUCACUCAUCGCCUGGUGCUAGAAAGGAAAUACCAGAACUUUGUGCAGUCUGCCCAUUUGACUCUUCGCCCCACCAUAUCAGCCUAUGUUGCUGUAUUGUGCAAAAAUACAAGCAAUGAUUUGUGCAAUGUUAGUUUCUCUGAAUUUUUUCCAGAGUUCUUUUAAUUAUAUUUUACAUUGAGUUUUCAGACUAUUGUGAAGCCUACAUUCGAAAUGGACGCUGCCUUCGUCACUGAAGCAACUGACUUCAUGAAAAAGGAGCUGAAGAAGCAAAACCCUGAUAUGAAAAAAGUCGAAGACUCAAUGUUGAGAACGACUGCUGCGAGAAGAAAAAGUAUUGAGCUGGACGGCAUGAGCCUGACUGACGUCGUGGGCCUCUAUCCAGCCCUAACCCUCGAGAAGGAGAUCUUGAAUGAAUGUCGUCGCCUGACUGGUGUAUCACCUGAUGAAGCAUUACUGCGUGCACUGAGAGAAUUCAGUGAGCACAUCCUCAAUGCAGCGGCACAAAAGCACGCAGCACAGACUACCCUUUGCUCUCUGCAGGCAGACAUGUCAGUGGACAACAGGAUUGCAAGAAACUAUGCCAAAGGAGUGGGUGCCAUCAUGGUCCUUCCAUUUCUCGUCAACGAGCGAGGAGGUGAAAUAUUCACAGAAAUGACACCAGGGAAGGGAUUCACACAUCCGACACUGCUCUACACUGGCGAAAACCCCGUAUCUUCUGAGGCCAUGUGCGUGAAGUGCGAGAAUGUCUGUGUAGACGUCCUUGAUUUUACGUCAGGACUGUCGUUACUUUUUGCGAUGUACUGGGCGUACAACAUUGAAUAUGUCGCAUCCGCGAAGAAUACGCUGUGCCUGCUAGAACACAUGAUGGGCAUAAACAGCUCUAAAUUGACCACCAGAGGCAUAAAAGUGCUGACUGCACUGAAAGCGCAAUCGAAAGCAAGUAGGUCAAACGCAAGUUCAGGGCAAUCAGGUGUGACUGAUUGAAGUUUGAGUGUUAAAGCACAAUACCUUUAAGUACUAGUCAUAGCUGUCUAGCAGGGCUACGCAGAAGUUAUUUAUUAAUGUGUUGUUAUAGCUGUCUGGUAAGAGCUAGUCAGAAGUUGUUUAAUAAUGUGUUGUGAUCGCUGUUGAGUGAGAGCUAGUCAGGAGUUAUUUAAUGUUGCAAUAUAAUUCUCACUGGAAGCCACUG